UGGACGGAGCAUGUACAGACAUUAUAUGGUCUAAGGUUUAGUUGGUCUUGUUUUACUAUCAAUGUUCGAUGAAAAGUGUACAUGCAUGUAGUUUGAUAUAAAUAUAUAUUUCAUUAUUUUUUGUAAAAAAUAAAAAAAAAGACGCAACAUGCCUACUUAUGAAAUGCCAGUAUUGUUACGUAUUAUGCGAAAGAGCGAAUCUGUAGAUGCUUUAAAGAGAAUUGCAAAUUCAAUAUUUCAAACGGGUGGUUUUAUUAGAAAGCUUGAAUACUGGGGAGACAAACAGCUUCCAUGUAAAGCAAGUAUUCAUGGCAAAGUUCACAGAGAAGCUGGAUAUUUCUUUUUUUCUUUUGAUGCUCCGCCUAUUUUACUGCAAGAUCUAUCUGAUGAAUGUAAUAGAGACAUAGAUAUAGUUCGAUCAAAAAUAUAUAAACUUACUCAAACCACACCACCGCCAAACUAUGUGUGUACACUGGAAGAAGAGCUAUUACCUCCAGCUUACAGACCUAGCAUAUUGAAGUUACUAGAAGCCAAGAAAAAGACCAAAAAGCGUUCCUUUAAAUACAAUUCUGGUCUUGAUUACUAUCCUUUCCUAAAAUAAAUAAUUUGUUCAUUGUUAUAUAGCGGAUGUUAUAGGAUUUUGUAUAUAUUACAUAGAAAUAGAGCAUUUAUAAAUAUUCCAGAGAAGAAAUAAAAACUUAUGUACCUCUU